UAGAUGUCCCAGAGCCGAACGCUGGACCUCCGCCGUGAAUACAGAUUCCAUCUGUGCUCUCGGCCACACAAGUGCAUCUUCCAUGUUACCAAUUAUCGCAAGAUAGCUAUGGACAAGCACUGGAAUCCGAAUUCCGACUGAGCACUUGUACGUCCCGAAACGGAAACACUUCAAGCAACUGAAACCAAAUCGGCAUGGGUUCUGUAGGAAGUCGCCAGCUCAAUCCCGCCCAACUGUGUGACCACCAGCAGGCCACGGGACUGUCCGCCGAGCAGCUGGAGCAGCUGCACACGCGGUUUCGCAGCUUGGAUCGCCACCAGCACGGCUAUCUGACGCCCACCGACUUGCUGCGUAUUCCGCAGCUCUCGCUCAACCCGCUCCACCGCCAGAUCAUCGACGGCUUCUUCCCCAGCCGUGAGCCUAGCGCGCGUAUCGGCUUCAAGCAGUUCGUGGACACCUGCUCCACCAUGUUGGUGCCACAGUUUGGCCGCGGCUCAGUGAGGCGGUGCGACGGGCGCGUCCAGAAGCUACGCCUCCUGUCCAAGAUGUUUGACACCCGUCGCAGCGGCUGCAUCACACGCUCCGACUUCCGCCAGAUCAUGUGCAGCAUAGUCAAUCUGACCUGGGGACAGAAACAGGAUCAGGGAAGUCAGGAGAAGCUUUCCGAUCACCGUUUGCCUGAGGUGGAGGCCGAGCUGCAACUCCUAGAGCAGCAGGCCUUUGGCUUCUCCAGCUGCGACAAAAUCUCUUAUGCGGAGUUCGAGGAGCGACUGGUUAGUGCGGACGUCGACGGACGGCUGUCGAUCGCCAAGUGGCUGGAGGACGAUGACGAGGGCGAUGCCGAGGCAGAGGCCGGAAUGGAAGUUGGCUCAAGCCCGUAAAGCACCACGCCCAAGACGCUCAUCCCCGUCGUGUUGUGUUUAUGUUUUGAAUAUAGCAAUCAUUUCCUUCGACUGGACGCUUGAGCUAGCAAUCAGGGAAUCCUCCAUUUAGCGGGCAAUUUCGGCGUGGGUACUAGGAAAAUUUCAGUCCAAAUUGGUCAAAUAUAAUUUAAAUGUUUACAUUUUAGUAACCACGGAAUCAAGUCACGAAAUCUUAUGCGAUAAAUUAAACUAUUAUAAUCCACCAAAGUGGUAAGAGUA